AUGUUGAGGAGGAGUAGGAGAUCCACCGUAUUCCCGCACAUCACAUGGAACAACACACAAAUCAAAAUAACAGCGGAUGACAUUAUUAAGAGUGAAUUGUACGUGAAUGGAGCUGCUCCAGUAACUAUUCAAUGCGAGAGAGAUGGAGUGUAUUCAGAGCAACAAAUCUUUAUAGAAAAGGCGGUGAAGGUGGAUGACAUAUUGAAGGAAUGGAACACUCAAAAUAGAAGAGAGACUCAAUUGGGGUACUUAACUGGACUAUAUGAAGUCACUAUUGUCCAAAGCAGUUCAGUGUGUUACUUAACAGUAACGCCAGGGAAACUUGACGCAAGCAAAAGCGAGUUGGAGGAACCCAAACCGUCGAAACACUAUGUUGGCGACUCGUUGUUUAUCAAAUACAAACCUAGAGAUCAGUUUGAUAAUGUCAUUGAAUACAACACGUUAACAUGUGUGAUAACAAACAAAGCGACUGAGCAAGGAUUCACAUUAACUCUACUCAAUAUAGAACAUGGAUUCUUUGGAUCACCAAUUCCAGUGUUAACACGGCAGGGAUUCUAUUCAUUGCAAAUCAAGAAUAGCGAGGACGUCUUAGUCGAGAGUGGGUUCACGUUACAGGCGGGAGAGAUCGAGCCGAAGAACUGCUUUUUGUAUCAAGAAGUUGAGGUGAAGAGUGGUGACAAAGUCACUAGAGUACAGAGGAAAGUAGAUAGCUCACUGAGACAGAUAGUGAGGAGAGACUACACAAUAUACUUGUUACUUGCAGAUAAGUACAAUAACGUUAUUAAAGAUUUGAAUAAUAACGUGCCGAUAUCUUUGAGCCGAUCGAAGACGCUGACGUGUAAGAACGACGGGUGUACAUUCACCUUAAGCUCUAUGGAAGCAGGGAGUUAUUUUUUUGACUGUCGGCUGAUUGUAGGACAGAAGAAAGUGUCAGUCAAUGGGUGUCCCCUUCAAAAUUUGUGUUUUGACGAAAUCGACUUUGACCAAUUACAGCCGAGUUUUUGCGGAGUGGUGGGAAACACAACAAAGGAAAUUGGAGAAUUACUUGUGUUGCCAUUUAACACGUUCGACGAGACUAACGACACAACACGGUUCAAGCAAAUACAUUUGAUACACGUCGAAGCUAAAAUAGGAAAUGAUAGUUUGGAGGCGUGCGCCGUUUCUCGAGAAGAUGGAUUCGAUGUGAAUAUCUUCCUCACAAAACCGGGUAAGCUUGAAAUUUACGUGUUUCUUGAUGGGAAGAAAAUUAACGAGGUGCCGUAUCUCUACGACGUCAUCAAUUCUGGAUUUGUGAAGUACCUUUGA